AACACUUCUUUGCCUUUCAUACGAUCACAUCAGUCAGCGAUUUUGUAUUAAAGAUCGACAUCAAAUCUGAAGUGAAGGUAGAGGAAAGAGGCGAUAGAGCAUACAUACACCUGAGAAACAAACAAGAUGGCAAGAGAAGAAGAUGUUGAUAUAGGACCAGGGGCAGAUGUGGAGAUGGAAGAUGACCCUUCGAUUCGUAAAAGAGGAAGAGGUUUCGAUCCGAGAGCAGAUGGACCUUCGAAUGAUGGAGUAAAACAUGUGGGAAAUUUUGAGAAGUUGAAUCUAUCAUCCGAGGCUCAGAUGGAUCAAGAUGAAAGUGCAGGACAGGACGAACACGAGGAAGGAAUAGAAAGACCAGCACAGUCAAUAGAAGGUUACAUAAUCAUCGUGACUGGGAUUGACGAAGAAGCAACAGAAGAAGAAGUGAUUGAAAAGUUUGCCGAUUUUGGAAAAGUACAGAAUUGUCACUUAAACUUGGAUAGACGGACAGGAUAUGUGAAAGGGUAUGCAUUACUGGAAUUUCGACAGCUAGAAGAAGCAAAAGAGGCAAUCGCAGCAUGCAAAGAUGGCUUGACUUUGAUGGAUAAAGAAUUGAAAGCUGGCUUUGCUUUUGUUCAACCACCUCCCACGCACCUUCCGAUGGGUAUCAGAGGAGCCGCUUCUAGAGGGAAUGCAACGAGAAAUCGAAGUAGAAGUCCAGAUCGAAGGUAGUCAAAGCUAUGUACAAUAACACCAAACAUUUAUCAAUAUAC